AUACAGCCUUAUAGUGACAAUAAAUGAUCCUGAAACAUUUCUAUAUUGAGGAGGAAGAAAGAAAACUAAACGCAGAAAUUGAAGAAAUAGAGAAACAGAAAGCAGAAAGGAACACACAACUAAGGGAACUAGAGCAAAAGUCAAACCACUUGAGAGAAUUGGAGGAGAGGUACUGGCAGGAAUUUAAUAAUUUCCAGUUUCAAUUAAAUGCACAUCAGGAAGAAAGAGAUGCAAUAUUGGCCAAGGUUGAAAUUUCACGAGCACAUUUAGAGUUGUUGAAGCAAACUAACGUGCUUGAUGAUUAUUUUCCCAUCUCUUGCGAUGGAGAAUUUGGAACUAUUAACAAUUUUCGACUUGGACGACUCCCCAAAAUUCCCGUUGAGUGGGAUGAGAUAAAUGCUGCCUGGGGCCAAGCUUGCCUUCUUCUCCAUGCAAUGUGUCAAUAUUUUGAAUCAGAGUUUCAAUAUCGCAUAAAAAUUGUCCCUAUGGGGAGCAACCCUCAGAUAAUGGACAACCGCAACAACACUUAUGAGCUGUUUGGCCCGGUGAAUUUGCUUUGGAGCACUGGCUUUGACAAGGCAAUGACAUUGUUCUUGACUUGUCUCAAGGACUUUGCUGAGUUUGCACAUUCUAAAGAUCAAGAAAACAACAUUCCACCUGAAAAAUGUUUUAAAUUGCCUUAUAAGAUUGAGAAUGACAAAGUGGAAAAGCACUCUAUCACCCUGAGCUCCAAUAAGCAGGAAAAUUGGACCAAAGCUCUGAAGUAUACCCUCUGCAAUCUCAAAUGGGCUCUGUACUGGUUCAUCAGCCGCACAGACUUCCAACCCCUUUCCGCAGCGGUUUCUUCUUCUUCAGAAGCUCCAUCUGCUGCAGGCUCUUUGUACGCAAAGCGUGGUCCUAACCCCAAAUCCGUAGCCCGGAAAUCACCAAACCCGUGAUAGAGAACCAAAUGUAAGUUAUGUAACAUACUAUCAUGUAAAAUUGUAAAUACUAAUAAAUAUGCAGUUCAAUCUUGUGCAAUGAACAUCAUAAUUUUGGGUUGUAUUAUAGUACUCAAAACUUUGUUUCACAAAUUACAUAAAUUAAAUGAAAGCUA